AUGCAAAUCUUUACUCUUGUUGUCUCUAUCCUCAACUUUCUUGGGAUUGUCCAAGGCGCUGGAAGUGCAAUCAAAGGCACGGGUUCAACCACUCGUCAGUGGUCUUGUUGCAAGAACUCUUGCUCCUGGCCGGGAAAAGCUCUUGUUGACAAGCCCGUAUUGACAUGCGAUGCAAGCGACAAUCUUCUCGACAACUACAAUAGACGUGAUGGCUGUGAGAGUGGCGGUGGCUCAUAUGCUUGCUCGGACCUCAGCCCUUUCGCUGUGAGCAACGAUCUGGCGUAUGGCUUCGCCGCAGUCAACCUUGCGGCUUCGAAUGAGUCUGCCUGGUGCUGCUCUUGCUACUCCCUGACAUUCACCUCCGGUCCGGUCAACGGGAAGAAGAUGGUGGUUCAAGUUACCAAUACUGGAUCCGAUCUUGGGGAAGACGUGUUCAACAUAGCUAUCCCCGGUGGCGGCGAAGGUGCUAUCCGGGGAUGCACAAAGCAGUAUGGUGGGCAAGACGUCUGGGGCGAAGACUUUGGUGGCGUAGCGCACAGAGACGAUUGCGAAGCUCUUCCCACUGCUCUGCAGGCCGGCUGUUAUUGGCGCUUCGACUGGUUUCGAGCAGCCGACAAUCCAACCAUCAAUUGGGAGAAGGUGACUUGUCCUGAGGCUCUGUCGUCAACUUCUGGCUGCAGACGUAAUGACGAUCCAAUUCCGGGGCAGAACACUCCGUCACCGACACCUACGACAUCUGCUCCGAUAUCUUCUGGUACUGUACAGCCUGGGGGCCAGUGUGGUGGAAGAACUUACAAAGGCCCUACCCGAUGCGUAGGAGGCACGGUCUGUACCUACGUCGAUGAGAACUCAUACUACUGCCUUGCAGAUCCAGCCAGUACACGGACGACACGGACGACGACAACAUCGGCUAGUGCCAUGCCGACAAUUGGUCUACCAUACGAUCGUUGUGGAGGAAACGGAUGGACCGGCCCUACGACGUGCAAAGAUUCUGUGGUACUCACAAUGCCAACCACCAGUUUCAUCGCAGAAAUCGUCAAGCUCGCGGCCUCAGACUACCGCUAAACCAUCAUCCACCUCAAUUGUUCCGCCAGGACGGCCAUCAACGCGCACCCGGCGCACAACCACGACCAAACCUGCGACGCCGAUAGCCACAGGUCCAGUACAACUAUAUGAUCAGUGCGGCGGGCAGACAUGGCAGGGUUCGACAACCUGCAAUCAGGGGUUAAUUUGCUUCAAGGUUGACGAAUACUACUCACAAUGCCAGAAACCGUCUUAGACGAGUGGAACGUAAGGGAACGGUGUGGCAAGGACAGUGAUUUUUCCGCUUCUCGACGAUGAAUAAGCCGUGCUGCUAGUACAUAUGUGUUGGAGCAUGAUUG